GCCGACGAUCAGUCUCGACGCGCGCAAGCCCGUGAACGUCUGCUGUCGUUUUGUUAACGUAUUCCGCUCCGUGCAGUAUUGACGCCACGAACUGCAACCGGUACGUUGUCGCAAACCCUCCCUCAAAAUUUUGGUGUCGCCCGCUAGAGCAUGCGCCCCGUACAGUAGUCGUGGUACACGCCGAACGGUACGACUCAACGUCAUCGCUUACACAAACGUAUAGACCUAGUUAAGGGCCAUAGUAACGACAUCUGAAUAAUGUUUAAGCGCUUUACCGGCUAAUUAGUUUUGUUUGUUGCUUUUUAUUAUUAUCGUAUCAAUUCAGCCGAGGAACUAAAAACCAAGUCGAGGCUCAAUCCAUCACAAGGUUCGUCGCAGUCGGGCUGACGUCUUGAAACGGUGCCAAUCGCAUCAUUACAGGAUUAACGGCUUUCGAUGCAAACGUAAAACAGCAGCCCUCUCAUGUCUAAGGCACAACUAGGAUCUCCGCAAUAGAUACCCAAAGCCAGCAGGUCCGGCGGCAAGUUUUUGCAGGCACGAACCGUUACACUCAAAACAGCGCUUCAAAUUGGCAGCCCUGAUGGGCGUGUUUGAAGACCUGGCCAAUCAGAAACCCGGAAUGCAUUGGCAGCAUGACCGCCACCAUAUGUUGGUCAAUCCGUACGAUCCAUCCAGAGAUCAAAGUCCGAACUUACCGACUACUCCGUGUAGGGAACAAGAACAGUUGACGAGCGUUUACGGCGGCCAUGGACAGUGCUGCGCGUUCAAAUCCGAGUUCGAUGACGAUUGUCCGGACUGCAAAGUUCCUCCACCCCCAACCGCGUCAACGGUGCUCGGGAAUAGUUACAGGAGUGGAUCGCUGGAAAUGUCUUGUAAACUCGAACGAGAUUGUGCGUUCCAAGGUUCGUCACCAGGCACGGGGUACGGAAGUCCCGAACCGUCUUCGCCCAGCGUGUCAUAUACUUACGAGUCGCCAGAUAUGAUGGUGGCACCCAAACAGGAAGAGCCCGAGGUAAACCUGUGUGACGGCUGUGGACAAAAAAUCCUGGAACGUUACUAUCUUUUUGCCGUCGAAAAGAGAUGGCACGCUUCCUGUCUUCAAUGUUCCCAAUGUUCUCAAACUCUAGCCGGCGAGCUCAAGUGUUUCUACCGGGACGGGAACAUCUACUGCAAAAGUGACUACCAAAGGUUACAUGGUAUCCGCCGGUGCGGUCGAUGUCAGGCGGCCAUAUCGCCAACAGAUCUAGUGAUGCGCGCUCGAGAUACAGUUUUUCACGUGUCGUGCUUUAGCUGUGUCGUUUGCAUGACUGUUCUGACCAAAGGCGACCACUUUGGCAUGCGCGAUGGCGCCGUGUUCUGCCAACACCAUUAUCAACAACUCGAACCGCCGACGCUGGUGCCUCUACGGACCAUCUCAUCCAUACCGACGCCGUCCCAAUCGCCGUAUCCAUCAUCCAACAGAGGCCUGGGGCCAGACGCCGCUGGUACGGCGGUCGGUGGAUUUUUCAACGGAGGUGUCGGCAACGGCUCUGGCGUAGCUGUGGGCGCAACUGUGGCGUCCACGCAGCCCCGGCAAAAGGGUCGGCCGAGAAAGCGCAAACCAAAAGACCUGGACGCCAUAACCGCCAAUUUGGAUAUGAACUCCAGUGAUUCAUACAACAUGGAAAUGACUUUCGGUCCAAACGGUUUGACUUCAGGUACAGGUGGAACUGGAGGUUCUGGACAUCAGAGAACUAAAAGAAUGCGUACGUCUUUCAAGCACCACCAACUCCGUACUAUGAAGUCAUACUUUCAUCAUAACCAUAACCCUGACGCUAAAGAUCUCAAACAACUAUCUCAAAAAACUGGCCUACCCAAACGAGUGUUACAGGUAUGGUUCCAAAACGCUCGCGCCAAGUACAGGCGGACGUCAUCGAAACAAGAUGGUUUAGGGAACGGUCAACUGUCUGCACCGUCGUCCAUUAAACCGGAUAAAAGCUGCUCCGAAAGCUCUAAUGGAUCAACGGGCAUAGAAGCAGUUAUGUACCACCAGCAACAACAGCACGGGUCUAUUCAGAUGAGCAGUCCCCAUAGCUACAUAAGUACUUCAUCGCCAAUGGAAUGUGGGUCUUAAGAAUACUGUCCUGUUAUAGAUUACUUUGAGGAGCCAACGGCAAACAAAUAGAAAAAUAGGAACGCUAGAGCCAGUUUUUAUGUGCAAUAUUUUCGAAAUAUAUUUAAGUCGUUGUUUAUUUAAUUUAAUUAAAUAUUUAUAUUGUUGAGAGUAUGUAAAAUAUCAAGUUUUGAAAAUUGAAUAACCUAUUAGUUUUUAGAUGAAAAUAGUUCAAGAAUAAAUAUAUGAAUGUAUUUUUAAACGUGUAUAGAUUUUUAUUCAAUAGAUAAAAUGAACUUUGUGUACAGAAUAUUAUGAAGGUUGUAAAAUAAACUCUUACUAUGUUCUUACUUCUUUUGUGUCUAUACUUAUAGAAAUAUAAUACUUGUGUAAAAUGUGUACAUUUCUCGAAUAAACAAUUGUGGUGACAUUUUCUUGAUACAA